CCUGUCGCGGCGCAGGCAGUCGGGCUGCUGGAGUGCGGCGCCACCGCGGGAGUCAGCGAGCCGGCUGCCGGGCGCGCUGGCAAGGGGGUGGCGGCGAGGGCGCGGCGGCUGCGGUGUGCAGGGCAGGGGUCUGCAAGGCUGCAGCCUCCUGAGGGCCAGCCUCGCCGAGACGGGAACUGGGUCUGAGCCCCGCGCACACCAAAGACGAGGCGGCUGUGGCGGCAGCGGCGGCCCCAGCCAUGCUGUGCUAUGUGACGAGGCCGGACGCGGUGCUGAUGGAGGUGGAGGUGGAGGCGAAAGCCAAUGGCGAGGACUGCCUCAACCAGGUGUGCAGGCGAUUGGGAAUUAUAGAAGUUGAUUAUUUUGGACUGCAAUUUACGGGUAGCAAAGGUGAAAGUUUAUGGCUAAAUCUAAGAAAUCGGAUCUCCCAGCAGAUGGAUGGGCUAGCCCCUUACCGGCUUAAACUGAGAGUCAAGUUCUUCGUGGAGCCUCAUCUCAUUUUACAGGAACAGACUAGGCAUAUCUUUUUCUUGCACAUCAAGGAGGCCCUCCUGGCAGGCCACCUCCAGUGUUCCCCAGAGCAGGCAGUGGAACUCAGUGCUCUCUUGGCCCAGACCAAGUUUGGGGACUACAACCAGAACACGGCCAAGUACAGCUAUGAGGAACUGUGUGCCAAGGAGCUCUCCAGUGCCACCUUGAACAGCAUCGUGGCAAAGCAUAAAGAGUUGGAGGGGACCAGCCAGGCUUCGGCUGAAUACCAAGUUUUGCAGAUUGUAUCAGCGAUGGAAAACUAUGGCAUAGAAUGGCAUUCCGUGAGGGACAGCGAAGGGCAGAAACUCCUCAUUGGGGUUGGACCUGAAGGAAUCUCAAUUUGUAAAGACGACUUUUGCCCCAUUAACAGGAUCGCUUACCCUGUGGUGCAGAUGGCGACUCAGUCGGGAAAGAAUGUGUACCUGACCGUCACCAAGGAGUCUGGGAACAGCAUCGUGCUCUUGUUUAAGAUGAUCAGCACCAGGGCAGCCAGCGGGCUGUACCGAGCCAUCACCGAGACGCACGCUUUUUACAGGUGCGACACAGUGACCAGUGCCGUCAUGAUGCAGUACAGCCGAGACCUGAAGGGCCACCUGGCUUCUCUGUUUCUGAACGAAAACAUUAACCUGGGCAAGAAGUAUGUCUUCGAUAUUAAAAGAACCUCAAAGGAGGUAUAUGACCACGCCAGGAGGGCUCUGUACAACGCAGGCGUGAUGGACCUCUUACCAAGAAGCGACCACAGCCCCCCGAGUUCUCCCCUAAAGUCCUCCGAGAGCAGCAUGAACUGCAGCAGCUGCGAGGGCCUCAGCUGCCAGCAGACGCGGGCCCUCCAGGAGGAGCUGCGCAAGCUGAAGGAGGCCAUGCUCUGCAUGCUGUGCUGUGAGGGCGAGAUCAACUCGGCCUUCUGCCCCUGCGGCCACACUGUGUGCUGCGAGGGCUGCGCCACCCAGCUCCAGGUGAGGGGCUCCCCGGGCUCCAGGGGAGGGCUCAGCUGGCCGCCACAGACCAGGUGCUGGCUUGAGGGACACCAUUGGAGAAUGUCUAUCUCCACCUGGAGAGAGUCUUUGUAUUUAGCGACUUAGGAGAUGUUGCUCUCUGGAAACAGUUCGGAUUAGCACACUCUUUUUAACAAUGUGAUUGCAAAAUCACAAGCUUUUUGCAAGGCCUGGAAACGAGGCUCCAGUUCACAAGGUAACACAUCUAGUCAGUGGCUGAGCCGGGCACUGGAAUCCAGGCCUCUUAGGGCUGGUCAACUCCUCUUGCGUUUCACGAUGCCUCCACAUCCUGACAACUUAGGAGGAUGGUCUUUAUUACAUACUUGUAUUAUCUGAGAAAGAACAAUAGGGUUUGGAGUGGGUUAUCCAUGAGUGGGUUGUUGACUGAUUACUUGUGAUUCUUUUUUUUUUUUUUUUUUUUACUGCCUGUACUCCCUUGGGGCCUUGUGGAUUGGCUCUCACUUAGCAAGUCAAACUAGUUGUAAUAUUACUACAACCAAAAAAAAAACAAAAGCACCUCUUGUGCAGUAUCUUUCCCUUUCUUGCACCUUGCAUUUUCUCUUAAAAUAGUAUUUUCAAUUCGUUUUCAUUUCCUAAAACUGUUGGCUAAAUUUCAUUGUGGCUUUGUGUAAAAUUAGUCCUAAGUAACAUCUAGUCCUUCAGAAGCUGCUAAUUCAGAACUCUUGAAGGCUGCACACAUGCCAGGAUGCCUGUGUCCUUCCUAAGAGCAGGUGGUGAUACUCAGAUGAGUCAUCUCCUAGGAGUGGUUGGUCAUCAAUUUGCCUUUCUGCCCAUAUCAUCUGACCCUCAUGCCUAAGGUUCCCCUUGUGGCUGAGGAAAGGACAUGCUUGCUGAGAAGCCAGCCAGGGAUGUGGAGCUGUGACCCAUGACUAGAGCAGCCAUGCUCACUGGCCAUGAGGCAUCCACCUGGGAAUACCACCCUGAGCCAGCUGAGCCAAGGACACUCAGCCUCUGGAAGGGUCUUCCACAUCCCUGCCUAAGGCUCUGGAAUCAGCCCACUUAGGGACCACAGCCUUAUUGCACAGCAAGAUGCCUUUAGUAAUCCCUUUACUCAUGUGCGUUGUUUAGAGUAACUUAAUCUCCUUUAGUUUAUGCUUUUUCGUAGUCUUCAUUUUUUUUUUAAUCUCUUAUUAAAUGCAAACUUUCCCAAACUGAUUAGAAUGCAAAGAUCUCUCCCAGUAGAAAGCUAGAAGUAGUUGUGACCACGGAGCACUUAGAAACCGAGAUUGUGCAGGUACCUGGGUGGACCCUGAAGACACAGAUCCUCGAAGGUGCCCUGACUCGUACUGUCAUCCUCUCUCUUCCAGUCAUGUCCCGUUUGCAGGUCGCGAGUGGACCACGUCCAGCAUGUCUACCUGCCGACCCACACCAGUCUCCUGAACCUGACUGUGAUCUGACCUGCUGUGCACUUACCAGACGUGCCGUGUCUCCAUGAACUGCACUGUUAGAAACUAUAAAAAUGAUAGACUGUGGAGAGAAUAAAUACUCCACCACCCAUCUGCCAUGCAACGUUUAGGGACAAAACAAAAGGAAGAAUAGUGAGAAAACGAUUACUCCUCACCGCCAACAUGUCCCACACGUAGAAUCAGCACCUCCAGGGUGACGACGAGGAAGAGCUCUGGGCCCCAAACACAUUCCUUGAACUUUGCUUCUUUUUUAUGAUCUAGCGAAGGAAUCAGGAUCAAGUGAAGGAAUGGACGUCGGUUCCGUGGCAACAUGGCCAAAGAGUGGGGACCUUUUAGAAAAUAAUGUUGUAAGUCUCCCUAACAUAUCCCGAGGUAAGUUACCUACCUGCAAGCCAAUUUUGUAAGAGUUCCUUUUAAGGAUUUACUUGGGUUUUUUAGUACGGGUCACGGAGCGCCAGACAUUUUUAAUAGGAACAUUUUUCUUCAAAGAGAUAGUCAUUGUUUUCAUGUCAUGUCUGUUUUUCUAACUUGUUCAAGAAUAAUUGGGAGGCCAACAGUUAAAACUUUAUUCGGGGACUUUUUAAAGGUAGACAACAAGUUGUCGGAUUUAAACCAGUCUGGCUAGUAGAAAACAGAUCACCACGUGGCUGGUUUCCUAUCUCUUCUCCCUCUCCUCUUCCCCAAGCCUUUCACUUAUAAAAUGCUGCCAGGUUGGUUAGAUGAGUUCUAUGGAGUAGUCAGCACUCCUUGGGCUUCUUGAGUUUGUGGAAUAUUUUAAGGCUGGGAAGGGGGUGUGUGUUCCUUGGGAAGAGAGAGCAUUGCUUACUGCGACGAAGCUCUGUGGUGUACAAAUGAGGGUGGUUCGUGAGUUCUCCCAUGCACCCUGCUCCAGCCUCACCCAGUGGGGUUGCUUUUGCUUGAGCCAUCAAGCCUUUUACAGCCUUAUCAUAAAUAUCUUAGGUAUUGUAUGCUUUUUUUUUUUUUGUACUAUAUGCUUAAGUGUUAACUUUUCGUUGUCCCUCUAUACGUGUUAGAGGGGUUUCGGGGUCUUUUUGUUUCUCUCUUCCUAAUCAUGUUCUCCACUCCCACUUGGGCAUUUUGGAUGCUGGUCAGCUUGUGGGUUUUCUAGGAUGUCGGGAAACCUCGAUGAGCUUAUUGGGUGCAAUACUAGCUAAGUUAAAGCUAGAAAUCUACACUGUCACUUUACUGAGAUUUCUGAGUAUACUCUUCAUAUUGCCUUAAUGUAGCAGUAAUGUGUUUAUGCAUUUGUUUCUUUGCACAGACAUUUUGUCAAAUAUUAAAACUCUACUUUUUUAUGGCACAUUAUUAGCAUAUAAGCCUUUAUUCCAAGAGGUAUUUAUUUUUUCACUUGUAAAAAAAAAAUAAUGUUUCCACAUAAAGAACUCUGUUAUAUCCUAAAGGACUUCUGUCUUUUAUAUUCAGGAUAAUAAAGACUUUAAAGCAAA